AUGGGUUUGUGCUGGGACUGCUCUCAGGUAGCCGAGGGCAAAGGGAGACGUGUCAUCCCAGCGGUCAUGUUAAGUGUCCUAGCUGGGACAGUGUCAGGACAGGUCGGCCUGCCAGAGCCGAGCCGAGCGCCCGGCCGCGACUGCGAUGCGCAGCCACGGCAGAGGGAGCCCGGCGGCUCGCAGCUAGCCGGCCCGCCAGUCCCCUGCACCUGGAGGAGAAUCACCCCGCUCCCUCGUGGACAAAGACCGGACAAGUCUCUGCUCCCGGCCGUUCUCCGUUUCGAAGGCUCCCGGGGCAGCCGACCCCUCCGCAMGCCGCAGCAGCGCUCACCCCGCUCAGGCAGAGCGAUGCUGAAACCCGGCGACACUGGCGGAUCCGCGUUCCUGAAGGUGGAUCCCGCCUAUCUGCAGCACUGGCAGCAGCUUUUCCCKCAGAGCAGCCAGCUUAAAAGCAGCGGGCCCCUCGCCCAGCUCCAGCCGCCCGAGAGAGCCGAGCCCCCGGUUGACAGUCUCCGMCAGCGCCCGACCUCCCUCUCCUCUGCCUCCUCCUCGUCUUCCUCGUCCACUCCGUCUUCCUCCUCCGCCUCGUCGUGCGUGGCUGCGGCGGCCGCUUCUCUGGCUGGCCUGACCWCCCUGCCUGUGACCCAGCUCCCGGUCUUCGGUCCGCUGCAGAGCUCGGAGCUCCCGACCGGGGGAGCGCCCGCUCCCCUCCAGGGCAAGGAUUUGUGCGGAACCGGCAGCGGCGGCGGCAAAUGCGGCGACCGUGGUGCCGCUCGGUAYCGCUGCACGGCCGAGGAGCUGGACUACUACCUGUACGGGCAGCAGCGCAUGGAGAUCAUCCCCCUGAACCAGCACACCAGCGACCCCAACAACCGAUGUGACAUGUGCGCUGACAACCGCAAYGGGGAGUGCCCCAUGCACGGGCCCCUGCACUCCCUGCGCCGGCUGGUGGGCACCAGCAGCGCGGCCGCCGCGGCGCCUCCGCCAGAGAUCCCCGAGUGGCUCCGGGACCUGCCCCGGGAAGUGUGUCUGUGCACCAGCACCGUGCCCGGCCUCGCCUACGGCAUCUGCGCCGCACAGCGCAUCCAGCAGGGCACCUGGAUCGGGCCCUUCCAGGGAAUCCUGCUCUUGCCGGAGAAGGUUCAAGCAGGUGCCAUCAGGAACACUCAGCAUCUCUGGGAAAUAUAUGACCAAGAUGGGACACUGCAGCACUUUAUCGAUGGUGGAGAACCGAGUAAGUCAAGCUGGAUGAGGUACAUCCGAUGUGCAAGGCACUGUGGGGAGCAGAACUUAACWGUGGUUCAGUACAGGUAA